GAUAGCAGUAAAAGAAUAAAGCAUUCUGAUCUGCAAAUUCACAGCCAAACAGGAAACAGGAAACAGGUAAUUUUUUAGUUUUCACUUAUCGUCAGAUUGAUCGAUUGAAGAUGCCUCCUAAAACUAGCGGAAAAGCUGCCAAGAAAGCUGGCAAGGCCCAAAAAAACAUUUCUAAAAGCGACAAGAAGAAGAAACGCAAGAGGAAGGAAAGUUACGCUAUCUACAUUUAUAAAGUAUUGAAACAAGUCCAUCCGGAUACGGGUAUUUCAAGCAAGGCUAUGAGCAUCAUGAACAGUUUCGUUAAUGAUAUUUUCGAACGCAUCGCCGCCGAGGCGAGUAGACUUGCUCACUACAACAAACGUUCGACAAUAACCAGCAGGGAAAUUCAAACAGCAGUGCGCCUUCUCUUGCCCGGUGAGUUGGCAAAACACGCCGUCAGCGAAGGAACUAAAGCAGUAACAAAAUACACCAGUUCCAAAUAAAGCAGGAAUUGUUGUUGCAUAUCAAACGGUUCUUUUCAGAACCACAAA